AUGGCUCCGGGACCGAAGGCGGCAGCGGCGGCCAGAAGGAGCGGGGAGUACGGCGGGGAGGUGGAGGUGGACCCCGAGGAUGAGAAAGCCAUCGAGAUGUUCAUGAACAAGAACCCCCCGCUGAGGCGCACGCUGGCAGACAUCAUCAUGGAGAAGAUCACCGAGAAGCAGACGGAGGUGGAGACAGCACUGUCUGAGGUCUCAGGCUGUCCCAUGCCCCAGCUCGACCCCCGCGUCCUGGAGGUCUACAGGGGGGUCAGAGAGGUGCUGUCCAAAUACAGGAGUGGGAAACUCCCCAAGGCAUUUAAAAUCAUUCCUGCCUUGUCCAACUGGGAGCAGAUCCUCUACAUCACAGAGCCCGAGGCAUGGACAGCAGCUGCCAUGUACCAAGCCACCAGGAUAUUUUCAUCCAACCUGAAGGAGAGGAUGGCUCAGAGGUUCUACAACCUGGUGCUGCUGCCACGGGUCAGGGAUGACAUUGCCGAGUACAAGCGCCUCAAUUUUCACCUCUACAUGGCUUUGAAGAAGGCCCUGUUCAAGCCAGCAGCCUGGUUUAAAGGGAUCCUCAUCCCCCUGUGUGAGUCAGGGACCUGCACGCUGCGGGAGGCCAUCAUCAUCGGCAGCAUCCUCACCAAGUGCUCCAUCCCUGUCCUGCACUCCAGCGCGGCCAUGCUGAAGCUGGCUGAGAUGCAGUACAGCGGCGCCAACAGCAUCUUCCUGCGGCUGCUGAUCGACAAGAAGUACGCGCUGCCCUUCCGCGUGGUGGACGCCCUUGUCUUCCACUUCCUGGCCUUCCGCACGGACCAGCGGGUCCUGCCCGUGCUGUGGCACCAGAGCUUCCUGGCCUUCGCCCAGCGCUACAAGGAGGACCUCUCCUCGGAGCAGAAGGAGGCUUUGCUCGAGCUGCUCAAGUUCCACAGCCACCCGCAGAUCUCGCCGGAGAUCCGGAGGGAGCUGGUGAACUCCAAGACGCGGGAUGUGGAGGGGCAACAGCCGCCUGUGGCCAUGGAGUGAGCAGGGAGAGGCAGGAAAAGCUGGAGCCCACCCUGCUCCUGGGACACUGCUGGAGGAA